UCGGUUCUCAAGAGCAAAUGAACCCUGACUUAUUGCGGCCCUCUGCGGUUGCCGUAGCCCCAGACAGCACACAGGAAGUAGAAUUCGAGAGUUGGGUGGAAAAAAACGGGGACUCAGAGCGGCAGAUCCUCUCCUGCAGUUACGUACGGUUUCGGGGAAUCUGCAGUAUUAUUUUGGGGCCUCCCGCGCCAGUGGCGGUAUCUGGCCCUCAGGCAGCUCUCACGUCUUUAUACAGUGUCCCCAGAACUAUGGCCGAAUACUCGUAUGUGAAGUCCACCAAACUCGUGCUCAAGGGAACCAAGGCUAAGAGUAAGAAGAAAAAGAGUAAAGAGAAGAAGAGAAAAAGAGAAGAUGAAGAAGAAACUCAACUUGAUAUUGUUGGAAUCUGGUGGACAGUAACAAAUUUUGGUGAAAUAUCAGGAACCAUAGCAAUUGAAAUGGAUAAAGGAACCUACAUACAUGCACUUGACAACGGACUUUUUACACUGGGAGCUCCACAUAAAGAAGUUGAUGAAGGCCCUAGUCCUCCAGAGCAGUUUACAGCUGUCAAAUUGUCUGAUUCCAGAAUUGCCCUGAAAUCUGGCUAUGGAAAAUACCUAGGUAUUAAUUCAGAUGGACUUGUUGUGGGGCGUUCAGAUGCAAUUGGACCAAGAGAACAAUGGGAACCAGUCUUUCAAGAUGGGAAAAUGGCUUUAUUGGCCUCAAAUAGCUGCUUUAUUAGAUGCAAUGAAGCAGGUGAUAUAGAAGCAAAGAGUAAAACAGCAGGAGAAGAAGAAAUGAUAAAGAUUAGAUCCUGUGCUGAAAGAGAAACUAAGAAAAAAGAUGAUAUUCCAGAAGAAGACAAAGGAAAUGUUAAACAGUGUGAAAUCAAUUACGUAAAGAAAUUUCAGAGCUUCCAAGACCACAAACUUAAAAUAAGUAAAGAAGACAGUAAAAUUCUCAAAAAGGCCCGGAAAGAUGGAUUUUUGCAUGAAACACUUCUGGACAGGAGAGCCAAAUUGAAAGCUGAUAGAUACUGCAAAUGACCAGAAUUGUGUUUCUUUCUUCUCCUAUUUGUUUUUUUCUGAAUAAAAUAAUCAGUGGAAGUGUUUUUAUAGAGCUCUUGGGCUGUUAGGGAAUUACUGCUGAACUAGAGCUAGUUUAAACAAGAUUAAUCGAGUUUAAUCAAGAGUCCCCCCAAGGGUUUACUUUUUAGUUAACUGUAGUGUUUCACAUGGAAUUGAAACAAAGUACACACUGAACAUGCCAUAGAAUCUUUUCUCUUUUCUAGGUUUUCUGUCAUAAAGCAAGAGAUGAUACUCUGUGAA